UUUUGAUUUACUAUUUCUGUUAUAAUAUUAUAUAUAUUAAAUUAGAAAUGAAACCGAUGGAAAUUGUGAUUUUAAAAAAUAGAAAUAUAAUGUCGAUACCUGAAUCUCUUAUUCAAGAGAUGGGUUAUUUCGUUAAAUAUUUGUACUUGGACAAUAACAUCAUACGAACAUUACCUGACGAAUUAUUUACUGGUUGUACAAAUCUUAUGUGGUUAGAUUUAAGAUGCAAUAGAAUACGUCGAUUACCAGACGGUGUGCAAGGUCAUAAAAAUCUACAGGUAUUGCUUCUGGGCAAAAAUGAUUUAAAGCGAUUGCCUUUGACUCUGGGAUCAUUGCCGAAACUUCGAGAAUUACAUGUUGCUGGAAAUCCGCUUGAUUGCCUAACUAGAGAUAUGAUGAAAAAAGGUUCUAAAUAUUUAAUACGCUUUUUACAAGAAAAAUGGAAAAGUGAUCAAAAUAAUACCGAAACGAUUCAACAAAAUAAUAAUGAAUUUAACGUAAUAAAAAAAAAUGAUGACAAGAUACAUAAAAAAAACAAAAAAAAUAUAAAAAUUAUGGAUACGUCAAAAAUGCAGUUAAUGGAAAGAUAUAGUUGGCCAAUGAUAUUUCUUACUAAUUGGAGCAGUGAUCGUUUAGUUACCGAUCGAGAUAUUAGAAUGAAAGAAUUAGAAAGACUUUAUUUAGAAAAACAAAAAGUAAUAUUAGAAAAGCAAGAACGAAUCUUACAAUCUUACAAAGAUGAAGAAACGCUGAAAAUAUGGAGAGAAAAAGCAAAGCAAUUGCAAUAUUUCGAAAAUUUGCCCAAAUUAAAAAAAUAUCGAGGACUCGAGGUUCCGUUUGGAGUAAAUGAAGAAUUUUCUAAAAUGAUAUCUAGACAAACGUACAGAAAAGAAAGUGUGGAAAACAUUAAGUAUAAGAAUGCUGUAAAACCUGCAAUAGUUAAACCGUUUGAUUUCGACUUGGAAAUGUCAGAUAUUUACAAUAUACUUAUAAGUUUAACACCAAACGAUGCAGAAAAUACGAACAAUGAUAAAAAUAAUGAUUCUAAAAUAUCAAAUAUUGAUUGGGAAAUUCAAAAGUUGCAUGAUAUUCAAAAACGAAUUGCGCAGUUGAAAACGCGCAUGAUUUAAACAAUAGAAGAGUAGAAGACAAGAAUGAUAACCGCAAUACCUUUUAAAAUAAAAUACUUUAAUAUUUGUUUUAUUACCUACAUUUAGUUUGAAGUAGUUUUAUUAUUCAUAGAAUUUUAAUUGAUCGUAAAUACAAAUAGAUAAGAAUAAUACGGAAUUGGAAGCGAUACCCUCCUCCCCACAAAGUACAGCCAGUACAGGUCUGCCACUGCCGAUUGAUAUAUUGAAGCGAUAAGAAUUCUGGACAGUGGAUACCAUAGACAUAUUAUAUGUCUAUGGUGGAUACAGAUUCGAAUUUGUCGUCAAGUCUACUUGAGAUCGACUUUCCCACAUUUUAAAUUUUAUCCCCAUAAAAUCCUAAAAACGUUAUAUUAAAAAAGAAUAAUUAAAAAUUGAUAUAUUUCAAUUUUUGGAGAACUUGAAAUCAAAAAAUCAAAAAUGCGUGAAAAUUGAUCUCAAAAAUUCUUGACGCUAAAUUCAAAUCUUUAUUUAGAAUUCUUAUCGCUUCAUUCUAUCAAUCGGUAUGUUGGAAAUAGAAAACGUUUAUAAUCCUAUGUUGCGUGUAUGUUAGACAGACAGAAAAUCACCGAUUCCAAUACCCUUAAGAGGACGUCUCACCCGCAUGGCCGCAUGUGUUUUCUCCGUCUUACGAUAUAGUAAAUUUUCGUUCACCAGUUUCAAUAGUGUAUUAGUGUGCUUUUAGUUUUAAUAUUAAAGUGAAUUGACCUAUUAUCAAACUUUUAGGUAAGAACAUUAUCUGUGUUCUCUUGUUGGCUUUUUACGAUAUUUUAAUUUUUAGGCGAGUUAUGAGUAUGAAAUUAUUAAAUAUUUGAAAAUGAUCAUAAUUCACUUAAAAAUUAAAAUAUCGUAAAAAGCCAUCAAGAGAACACAGAUAAUGUUCUUACCUAAAAGUUUGAUAAUAGGUCAAUUCACUCUAAUAUUAAAACUAAAAGCACACUAUUGAAACUGGUGAAUGAAAAUUCACUGUUAUACGUGUGUAAGACAGAGACAACAUAUGCAGGUGAGACGUCCUCUUAACUCAAAAUUUGGAAAAUAUAAGCUCUUAACAAACGAACAUUUGAAUAUUGGUCAUUGUAUGUUAGGUUAAUUUAUUUAAUGGAGUGUUAAAUAUCACUACAAUAUUACUUGCAUAAAAAUAAUUUACAUGUACACUCUAUUUUUGUAUCAAUAAAUGAAGCAAAAAUUAUUUUAUUGUCAUAAUGUAUUCUUACUAUUAUAUUAUUGUAUUGAAAGUAUACUUAGUAUUAUUAUAUAUUAGACAUUUUCAUAAUUAUGUAUCUUUUGUAUUAUAUUUCAUAAAACAACAACAAAAUCUUUUACUUGUUAUUGAUUAUAGAAUAUGCUAAAUAUGUGUAAUACUAAUACACAUUAUUAUUAUUUAAUAAAUGAACAUUUAUAUUUUUCACAUUAACUAUUAUGAUUGAUUAUAGAAUAGUCCAUUAUAUAAUCAAUGCUAAUAUUAUAUUUUACUUUAGAAUUAUUUCACUAGUAUAAGUUAUUUGCUUGAAUAAAAAUAAAUUUUUAGUUAUUCACUUAUUUUAAACUAUAU